CCUAAAGGUACAUAUGUGUACCUGACCUUUCUGCCAUCGACACAACGGAGUGAGAAGCGACACAGUCAUGCUUGCCCCACGCAGUCAUACUGGCGGCAGUGUGCACUUCCGUUGUGCACCCUCCAACCUCGUGCCGCGGGCCCUCUACGAAGUCUUCUCCAGCUUCCGGCUUUCCAUUUCCUCGCUUCUCCCGCUGCCUCGCCUUUGAGAUGGAAACAACAUCCAACGACCACAACGCGACGAAUCGGAACGACCCCAACAUGGCAUGGCGCCAUCUGGGACAAACUGGACGCCGUCUUUCGUCGAGGCUCCACAACCUUCUUCCGAUCUGGCCGUCUUUCCCAGCGAGUGUGCGCUGAUGUGAAUGCCUGACCGCGAACGCCUACUUCAGGCAGAAAGACCGCUUCGGCCCGCUAGGCCCGAGGGCCGAUUCUACUCCGCUGUGCUCUAGUGUGCUGCUCUGAAGGGUAACGAUGGAGCGAUCCAUCGCGGUGCGUGCUCUACUACUCUCUGCACGCCUCUUCUCUCUGAACACCACCACCACCACCACUACCGCCACCACCGCCCCCCAUCCGCCCACGCAGCAGACUCGCACGCCGGACCUAGAGCGUGUCACAAACUUGUUAGCUCGCCCUCUUGCCCGUCCCAAUCGCUAUCCACCGCCAGAUUCGGAGCUUUGCUGCACGCGAACAUUUCCCACCCACCGACAUUCUGCUCCUGACAAGCAGCUUUCGGGCGGGAACUCGACUUUCCUUAUCAUUGUACUCAUCCUAGGAACGACUUCUGAAAGAUUCGCGGAUUUUGGAUAAGUCGAAUUACCACGAUGCCGCCGUCGCCGCCGGCAAGGCGGAGCACGAGGGGAGCACCGCCAGCGGCACCAGCUUCUACGACAUCAUCCACCAUAUCCUCCACACGGCAGGAUCGAAACGUGCGAGGAACGAAUAACGCAAAGUCUGCCACUCCACGAUCACUGUCCUCCGAGGACAUCAGUGAGCCGCCGCGGCGAAGCCAGCGAUCUCAAGUCGCCCACAAAGACGACGACCCCAGUAAGACAGAGGAUGCCGUAGAGGAUCCCGAUGAAGAAGCUAUGGACGAAGAUGAGAUCACGCGAUGCAUAUGCGGCCUACAAGAAUAUCCUGGUCCUCCAUUGAGCGAGGCGUUCGCGGGCCUUCCAGACGCGCAGGCGGAAGAUGCUGGCGAACUAUUCAUCCUGUGCGAUGGCUGCUCAGUCUGGCAGCAUGGAGGCUGCGUAGGCAUUGUCGCGGAAAACUUGACACCGGAGAAGUACUUCUGCGAGCGGUGUCGACCGAAGCUGCACGCUCUCGGUACAGAUUCACGAGGGCAAAGCUACUCCCUCUACCUCCCACUCCAUCCCAAAGCCUCUACGCGCAAGAACUCCGUCAGCAAGCCUGAUGACAAGGCGCGGAAAGAGCGUGAGAGUCUCGCAUCCAGAGCAAGCGUCGAUCCAGCUACCGGCAAGCGACGUGCCACCAUGCGAAGCAAAGAGCAUGACGAAGAGGAGGAACAAAUCAGGAUCGCGAUCGAGAGGAGUACGCGGGAAGUGUCAAGUAAGGGAGGAACUGGCCGCAGGAAUGGCAAACGCACGAGAGACGACAGCAGCGAGGAGAGCAAGUCGGACCACAAGCGCCAACGCCGAUCGUCAGAGUCGAUACCGCUCGCGGCAAGGAACAUUUCUCCCCAUACCGAGGACUCUGAAGAUCAGACUACAGGCAAGGGAAAGGCCAAGAGAGAAUUGCUCGAGAAACGGGAGCAAGAGAAGGAGAGGACACGAUCCGAAGCUGCAGGGAGAAGACAAGAACGUGCAAGAAGUAGACGUGGUGGUGAUGACCCUGAGCAAGCCGAGGAAACGAACCCUGAGCCCACACUGAAUGCCAAAGCUUCCCCUCCGCCCCCUUCGUCCCAGCCGCCAUCACCGCCAGCCGCCGAGAAGACUACGUACAGAAAGGGACCAGGCAAGAAGCCAGCGAAGAAACUGGGCAACAACCAAUAUACCAAAGCCAAACUGGAACAGGCCGCAGCCUCACCCCACGGCAGAAAGAAGACCCUGAACCAGCCCCCCGGGAGCGGUGACGAAACGACCGAGAACUUGACCAAUGGUGACAACAAUGGUAGCAAGCAGAGCCCGGGUGCUCCUGAAGUCCCUACAGGUACAGGCAAGGGCAAAUUUGGUAGAGGCAAGAAGACUGCGAAUGGAAAUGGUGUGAAGGCGGACAAUGAGCCAGUAGAGCGCACGUUCACGAACAUGCAAGCUGCGCUGGUGAGCAUGAGUGCAUAUGUGGAGCGGCACAAAGCCGAUACGGAACAUCUGCAAUCAGCAAGUGUACAACCUUUGGGGAGCGAUGCAACACCGUCAAGCGAUCGAUCCGGAGAGGGACAGUCUGCCUUUGAGAUGGGUCUCAGUUUGCAGAAGAACAUUGAGGUCUGGCAACGACAAUGGGGGCAUCUUGCUGGCUCUGGUGGGACCGUAUCGUGACACUGGCCGACGCCGAUGAUGAAUGGCAUUCACGACCUCUCUUUUCCGUAUCGCAUGAAGUUGCAAGGCGAUGUCGCCUGUAAGCGAUUCGAUAUGAAGCAUGACUGGACAUGAGACCGGAAGCAGCUCGAGCUUGCCAUGUGACUGACAUUGUACAGCUUCAAUACCUACUUUCUACUAUCUUUUGGUGUGACGCUUUUACGCAAGCUACAGAUCUAUAUAGCACGAAUAUACCUAGUAUUCUUUCC